AUUUUUGGAUGCGAAUGAUUCGUAAAAAUGUUUGCAAUUUACACACUUAUAAACACACGUAAAAUGCCGCCCCAAAAAAGCUCCCUGUCGGAACAAAGAGCCCUCAAGGCGCAAAUAAGACUCCUCAAAGAGAUUUUGGACAUGUGCCAUGCUAUAGACCAGUUCGGUGAAGCUAUCGACGAGGCCGGUGCCAGGAAAACGAUAAAAUUUGGGGAAUUAUUCAAGAUCUACUCGAACAUUUCCAACAAAAUGAUUGGCGUGCUGAUAAGGGCGAGAAAACGUGGCUUGUUGGAGUUUGAAGGGGAAACGCUGUUUUAGGGAAAAGACGACCGAGUAUGCAUCGCAUUGUCGCGGCCAUUGUCGGAGAUUAGAACUCGCCUUUCUGAGGAAAUCUCGGAAAACUCAAAAGCUCUAGAUAGGAGCGAUGUUCCGUACGGUCUUCUGGAGUCGCUUUAAAAACUUGAGUUGUCGCUACUACCGUCAUAUAUGUACAUAAAACUAUCAACUGACCGAUAAAUCGUCUAAUCAAUAUUUUGUUUUGAAACAUUGACCUACUUUGUUCCUACUCUCGUUUGAAACAAAGAAAACUGACCAAUUAUUUAUUAGUAAUGAAUCAUACCAGUCACUCGCAUAUCUGAAAAAGGGUUUUGUAGUGAUUCGACCUUUAUACAGGGUGUCCGGAAACUUGGAGGAAAGAUUCAACGUGGUAAAAUAAUGACUUGUCAAAAUUCAUUUUUUAAAAUUUUAUUUUAAACGCAUUGGGCUUAGUUCUCAAUUAAAUAAGCUGGUAUUUACACACGAAAAUGUUAAAUGUAUUUAUGUUACUUAAAUUAAACAUGUUAUUGCGUUGACAUUUUUUCACUUUUUUUGAUUUGUGCAUACUGUUUUGAAAAAUUUAGUGUACGUCGCCUGCAGUAUCACCUUUCUUUAAAUUAGAAGUGCGGGGGAUAUUCGGGCCGAGAAUAAAAAAGUCGAUUUGUGGCUAAACGAAAACAUUCAUCGACUCAAAACAAGAGUAACUAUAGUCUGGACUAUUUUGCAUUAUCAGUCUAAAUAAAUGCAAUACAGGGAAAAUUAAAAAAAUAUUGUAAGUAAAGUGCCCUCUAGUGACAGAUUUCUGCAUUAAUGCAUGCAUUAAAGAUAAAAUUUAAUUUUGACGGAAAAUAUUACGAAUUCGAAUUUUUGUUACACAACUCAAUUUUUGGACACCCUGUAUUCCCUUUACUAAGUCAAAAAAAUCUAACAAAGGAAACUCAUUUGGUUUAUAGCAAAUUGCUGGUAGAUAUAAAGAUAUAAAGGCCUUUCCUAAUGUUGAUAAUACAAGAACUUAUGAAGCAAAUAUUACAACAUUUUUGAGAAGGUUCAUUCAACAUGCGCACUCGCGAGAUUUUAAAUCUCGUUUGUAACCAAUGACCUUGGGGCAUUCAACAACCAACAUGGCCGCUGACAGAUCGUCAAUAAGUUUGGGUGCGAGCUUUUUGCGGCAGUAUUUGUUCAAAAUAUACUUAGAUGUUUUGUCACAUCCAGGAAAUAUUUUUGCACUUCCAUUUGGAAAUUUUAUUAUCACUACUAAUGGACAUAAAACUGUAGAAAUCGCUAAUUUUAGUGUAAAGGAAAGAUCUUAUAUGAGACUUCAAAGUUAACAAAAGCGGUACGUAAAUAAAAAAAUAAAUAAAAAAAAAUAUUUUAGAUUCGUAUUGCCAUUUUUGUUAAAACAUACAUUGGAAAUACUAUAUUGAUUAUGCUUUAUUUUUUGAAAAUAUUUACUGGUGCGUGAAUGCGCCACUGGUUUUAUCUGUGAAACAAAACCUUGACAACAAUGAAAGUCGUAAGUAUUAUUUGGAUUUACGUAUUCUUAUGUAUUGUAGCAUUCCAUUCCUUGUAAAUUUAUUUUAUUUAUUUACAGAACAUAUUGACGCGGUCUAUAUUCCACCCGACGUGGAUACCUUGACUGACGAAGAAGAUAUGAACGGUGACAUAAAUCUACAAGAGUUUGGGGAACCAACUGAUAUAGUUGGAGCUUUCGAGUUCCAUACACCUAAUGAUACAGCUGACCUCAACAGUCCUGUAAUUCAUCAACUACUGAACCUGAAUGGGACUCAUCAGAUGAUGAAACCUUGGAAUUCAAAAGAAGACGUAUGCUUUCUGUAAACGACAGGCUUGCUUCUACAGUUAAAUGGAAGAAAGGUCAGAUUCACCUAUAUCCGAUGAAUUUAGAUCAUGUGAGGAACUAAAAAAUAGGCUUUCUGGAAGAACUUCGCUUGAAAUAUUUUUUAUAUUUUUUGAUGACGAAGUGAUUGAUUUGAUUUUAAAUCUUACAUUGCUUUGCGACUUUUGAAAACUGAUGAAACAAUUACUCAAAUAAAUCUUGCACUUGCCAUAGAUGAAGUGCGUUAUGAUAAUCAAGGUCACCUCAUGAUUGUUCAUUCUAAUAAAGCCCGAAGUAGAAUCUGCCAGAGCCACAUAAUUUACGUUUGUAAUAAGUGUAAUGUGCAAAUAUCGCCAAAAAUGAAACCGGGUGUUACCACGCGCUCACGCACCAUAAAAUAUUAUGCGUUUUUUGUAUAAAAUCAGGUUCUACUUGGAAAACAAUGUACUUUUAGUUGUUUUCUGUCGAAUUUGUACUUUCUUUUGUAUAUUUAUGUAUAAAUUAUAUGUUACAUCUUAUGUGCCUCAAAACAUUAUUUAAUGUUUUUUCCCAGUGUUUCGCUUACGCACCAGUAUUUUUUGUAUGUUUCGAGUUUUUAUUGUUUUUUUGACACAUGUAAUAUGUUCUUCAGUGCAACAAAAUAAAUAAUUUCGGAGCAAAACAGCAUUUUUUUAUUUUUUUUUUAUACUUGGGAAAAUAUGGAUUAACUGUGUUAACCAAUAAUAAUUGUAAAUUCUGGUUUGCCACCGUAAGUCCUCACAUUUGCUGUAAUUUCGUGAAAGAGCAAAUUCUGCAAGUUUCU